CAUAAAAUGUGUUGGCAGCAAUGAUUUGAGAAAAAUGAAAAUCCGUGGAAAAUGCUGAUAAAGAUAGUCGAUUAUUGGUAGUUUGUUGUCCAUGGAAGGUGUUUGUUGAUAAUGGGUUAAUACAUUUUUGUUGUUUUAGAGGUGUUGUUACAUAUACAUAGACUGGUUGAACUGUCUAGAUAAUACUCAUAAAGAACAUAUUUCUGGUUUCUGUUUGAAAAUUACCCUAUCGAAGACAAGGAGCGAUAUACAAUGUCGGUGGCAUUUGUGCAGAGAGGAAGACCACAACCAAAUCCUGCCCAGAUCCAGAAAAUGCUGGAUGAAAACAGUCAUCUGAUUCAAACAAUUCAAGAAUAUCAGAGUAAAGGGAAGGCACAAGAAUGCAUGCAGUACCAACAGAUAUUGCAUCGUAAUUUGGUGUAUCUUGCAUCCAUUGCAGAUUCAAAUCAAAAUAUUCAAGCUCUCCUACCACCCCCAGGAGGUCAACAACAUGGAAUGCAUGGUCCAGCAGGACAGGCUGGUGGCCCACCUGGGCCAUCACCAGCGCCCACAAAUGACCUUCCACCUGGUUCCCAGGGAGCAAUGGCUUCCUUUGGGCAACAACAGGGAGGUUACAGAGGUCAGAUGAUGCCAGGACAACAGAACAUGCCCCAACGUCCUGGACCUGGUGCUGGUUCAGGAAACCAGCAGUACAGGGGUGGUCCCCAAAAUUAUCAACAGCAAGGACCUCAGCAGGGCUACCCUGGACAGUAUCCCAGUCAGAACCAGACAUCUGCCCAGACAUAUGCUCCCCCAGUUCAGCCACAACCAAACCAACAACCAGUUCCAGCACAGCAGCAGAGUGGUUAUCCAAACUCGACUCAGCCAGGCAGCUAUGGUGGGCCUCCAUCUACGCAGCCUCAGGGCUAUGGUGGGCCACCAUCAUCAUCACAACCAAACUAUGGUCCUCCUCCAAAUGCAACUUCACAGGUUGGUACAGGUGCUGUAUAUGGUGGUCCAGCCCCUACUCAGCAGUCAGGCAGUUAUGGUAGUGGGCCUGCAGGCCCAGGUCAGCAACCUGGCUAUGGACCACCUCCUCCAGCACAGCAGUCAGGUUACCCUCCACCCACUGCCACAGGACCACAACAGGGUGGCUAUGGCCCAGGGGCUGGACAGACUGGCUAUGGCUCCUCUGGGUCACAGACAAAUUAUGGAACAGUGGCUCAGUCAUCUACACAAACUGGACAGGGUGUGGGUUACAAUGCGAAUGUAAGUAGUGGAGCUGGGAGCAAUAGUUACCAACCCCAACAGCAGCAGCAACCAGGAUAUGGAGGAACAAAUGCAGGAAGUGGUGGAAAUGCUUCUGCUGCUACUGCCAGUGGAGGUGGUGGCAACAGUGGUGGAGGAGGCGGAGCAUCCAGUACUGGAACUCAGCCUGGUGCAUAUGUACCUCCAACAACACAAGCCCAGUCUCAGCAACCACCAUCACAACCAAAUCAGAGCAGUUACAGCAACCAGACAAGUCCUGGACCAGUACCUGGUGUAUAUGGACCUUCAAGUGCCACAUCACCACCAUUUACUGGAGGUCCACCCCAGCCCAAUCCCCAGAACUCAUACUCACAGACGGGAGUUUCUACUAGCAUGGCUCCAUCAGCAUCAACCCAGACAUAUCCACAAGGACCAGGUAAUGCUCCACCUCAGAAUUAUCCUCCCUCUACACAGGCCACUGGGGGUUAUCCACCACAAGCACAGUCACAGCAGCAGCCCCAGCAGCAACAGCCACCACCACAACCACCACAGUCCACUGCAGCAGCUCAGACAGGAUUUCAGCCUCCACAGGGCCAACCAGGCCCUCAAGGGCCCCCAUCAGCUGGUCCUCAACCUCAGCAGCCAGGUGGUUAUGGAUUGCCACCACCCCAGUCUCUUCCUGCCACAACUCAGACUUAUGUGCCACCUGGUGCACAAGGUCAGCCUCAGUCCUAUCCUCCACAUCCUCCUGGAUCACAACAUUCCUACCCUGCACAUACUCAGCAAGCCUAUGGGCCUCAAACUUACCCUCCCCCACCUCCACAAGGUGGCUAUCAGUAUCCACGACCCCCUACUUCCCAGAUGCCGCCUCCAGGACCACAGGGCCCUCCACCUCAAGGUCAGUACGGAGCUUAUGACCAGAGCCGAUUUCCCGGGUAUCAACCACCACCACAGUAAUCUCAGUAGGACAUGAAGUUCAGUUCUUUUAUUCUGACUUUAAAUAUUACAAAUUAAAGAGAGAGCAAGGUGCAUCUUCUGAGCAAGGGUCUGCAGUAACAAUGUUGGGCAUUUCUUCAUCUUGUCAUUAAAAAGGUCAUAAAAUGUCUAUGUUAACAUCCCAUGACUGCUUCUGUGACCUCUUGUCUGGUAUGUACCUGCCUCUCUCAUAUAUAUGAUUUGUGUGUGUUUACAGAAUUUCUUUUACACUUAUUGGGUUAGUAGGCUGAAUAAGACAGUGCUGACUCUGAAAAAGGAACAGCAUAAGGCAAUGAUUCUGAUUAAUGCAGUGAACUGAGUGAUGUAGAAGAUAAGGAGCAUAAGAACAAGAAGAGAAGACAACCUGGUGUAGUGCUGAUGGAGACUCAAAAUGGAAACUUCUGUAAGGAAGGAUGCAGGAGCAUCCAUAUUAUUUACUUGAGCCCCCAAUGGCAUGAACAAAAAUUAUGCUUCUGUCAGCAGAAAUGACAUUUCAUGUGGUUUUCUGAUGGUGUAUAUUACAGCAGUUAUCCAACUGUUGUCAGAGACAAACCUGUAUUACCAACAGUAUUUGGACUCUUGAACAAAGGCAUCCUCAUCUUCUUCGCUUGUCAAUGUCAGUCAAAUGUAUUUCUUGUAACUAUACAAAUGAGGCAUGAGAGAACAUGAAUGACUGUUGAUGUACACAGUAACACCAUGAAAUGUGACAGAUACCUUCGUGUGUUGCACUUCUUACAUUUUUCAGACAGAAGUGAAACAUCUGACAAGGUUCAUAAAAUCUGUGACAGACUAUAAGAACAGAACUCUUUCAGGCCUGUUGAAUGAUUUCUUUGCUAAAUUUUACAACCCCUCUGAAAAUUUGGCAGUGGAAGAAAUAAUGUGAAAUUUAAAAGGAAGGAUGGUUUUCAAACAGCAUAUACCUAAAAAGCAAAAACAUUUUGGCAUCACAAUUUUCAAGCUUAGUGAGAGCAUGAGCUACACAUAUGUGAGAGUUUAAGAAAAGACAGGCUGAAGCUGAAGAAAUUACAGCAACACACAUAACUGUGAAAAAUCUCUGCAGUGGGUGGAAGGAUUCAAAUUGCUUAUCUGUUUCUUCUCUUAAUUGUUUGUUUGAUAAUUUUGCUACCAUAAAACAAACUGUGGUACUGUCCAGCCAAACAUGAUUUUCUAUAUAAAAACACCAAAACUGGAAGAGCUAGAACCAGGGCAAACUUGACUGCAUUAGUGUGGAAGAACAUGUAUGCAUACCAACAUGCACUAGUUGCUAACAAAAUGAAAAGUGUGAUGGAUAUGGCAAUGCCAUGAAUCCACGCAUUGUCAAGACGUACAGUAUAGAUUUGAGGUACAUGGACAACAGCAACUGAAUGGUAACUAGCUGUUUGAUCAAUCCACAUACUUUCAUUUUUCCUUCUGCUUGACCUGACCAUUUGAACAGUUGGAUUCUGUUGUCUUGUGGGAUCAAGUAUUCCUAUCAAGAUUACUAAAUUCUCUUUGAAGAGAAAUCUGAUAGAAGAUAGGAUAUUGGGGCAACUUCAUCCAAACCCCUGCAGCUACAGAUCAGAUUGCCUUGAAUUGAGGCAUAACCAGAACUGGCCAGGAAAAUACAGAAGUCACAGCAAGUGUUUGGCUUGAGGAGAGAUUUGCAAACAAUUUAUAAUUGUGUGAGUUAUCAUAUAGGACUGUACAUGUGUCUGCUUUCAAGAAUACCACACACAAAUUAAGUUGUGAACAGUUUCAGAGCAGAAGCAACAAUGAUACAUACAAUAUGUAGUGAAAUCUAAAACAAGUGAAACUUGUCUUUUUUGAUACUAUAAAUCACAGUUUAAGUUUAUGUUUUGUGUAUAGGAUACUAAUUGCACAGAAUACAAGUAUGAUCCAUGUUGCAAUUUUCUUGAUUUGCUUUGAAGUAAAUAUGUUUUUAUUUCACUGAUUUUGAUGCCGUAGUUCCUAAGAUAUCAGUUCCAUUAUGAAAGCUUGCAUGAUAUACAUUUAAAUGUCCAAACAUAAGAUGUGUCCAGUUGCACUAUAUUCCAGCAAAUUAUAUUUACAUUCAGACAUAGACACACUUGUGUUUUAACAUUUAAGAUCAAAGAUUAGCAUUGUAAAUUUAUUAUUUCCUGAAGUUUCUAAAAUACUGGAAUUAUUUUCUGAUGAUCUCAUGUACAUUUCCAUACAAGGUUUUACUUUGAACAUAAAAAAAUGAAACCAGAUGUAUGAACAUUUGAUGUGAUGUUCAAAAUGAGGUGAGAUGGUGUUGACUCCAUAAAUAUACCAGAAUAAACACGCACCAAAAUAAAUAACUGCACAAGACAAAAAGCUUACAGGCAAGUGUCCAGUAGCAUGCAACAUUAGUAAUCUCUGUCACUGGAUGCCUGUUAUAUGAACAAAAGCUUUUGUAUCUUUCAUGUCAUUUUCAGUAAGUGCUUUAUUCUCUUCAGAGAAUAAGAACAUAAAAAUUGGUUUGCCCACUCAUUUUUGUGUAAAUUCUGUAUCAUUUGCUGUGGCUUAAGACAUGUUUCAGUGAAAAAUGUUAGGCAUAGGAGCUACUGAAAGGUUGUACAUGUGUCAGAAUCAUUAUGAAAUAUCACCUGGAAAAAUUAUAUAUUAAACAGACUGCACAGAAGAAUCUUCCUGACAGUUCUUGGGAAUAUGUAGGCCUACUAGUGAAUAAGCUUCCUAACAUGCAACGAAGAUUUCAAGAUUGAAUAAUCUUGGUUUCAAGUAUUAAUGGUAUAA